ACCAUGAGGUUCGAGGAGAUCCUGGAUGAUGUUGGUGGCUUCUCCAAGUUCCAGUUCCUGCUCCUGUUCAUCCUGUGCCUCCCCCGUGCCAUUCUCCCCCUCCACUUCCUCCUGCAUAACUUUGUCUCUGCAACACCUUCUCACCACUGUGCCCUCGGGAGCCAGGAGGACGGUGGUGAGGGCCUGCUGAGCUCCGACCCCGAAGCGCUGGCCCUCAGGAUCCCCCGUCAGGAUGACGGCUCCUUCAGCUCCUGCAGGGUCUAUGACCCGCCUCUGACCUCCAACCUCAGCCACAGAAACACGACAGCACCUUGUCCACAUGGCUGGAUAUACAACCAAUCACAGUUUAGUUCCACAACAGCCACUGAGUGGGAUCUGGUCUGUGAUGACAAAAAGCUGAAUCAAGCUCUCGCUACCUACUUCUUCCUUGGGGUCACGUUUGGUGCCAUUCUGUUCGGCCAGCUGUCUGACAAGUUUGGUCGUAAGUCGAUGCUUCUGGUGGCCUUAAUCACUGCCACCAUGCUGAGCGUCAUCUCUGCCUUCUCUACCACCUACGUCAUGUUCGCUGUCUCCAGAGCGCUCUGCGGCGUCGCCCUCAGCGGCCUCUCCAUCAUCGGCGUGGUCCUCGGUAUCGAGUGGACAGACGUGAAGCACCGGACCUUCACUGGGACUGUCAUGAGUCUGUCAUGGAGCGCGGGGAACAUGGUUCUGGCCCUGCUGGCCUACUUCAUACGAGACUGGAGACACCUGACGCUGGCGGUGACGGCGCCAUGUAUCGCUGCCAUCAUCUCCUGGUGGUGGCUGCCUGAGUCGGCCCGCUGGCUGCUGGCCAACGGCAGAGUGGAGGAGGCCAAAAAGUAUCUGCAUCAGUGCGCAAAGAUGAACGGGAGGAAAGAAAACACAGCCAAGCUGGACACUGAGACUCUGGGGAAGGUGACGGUGUCCGAGGUGGCUGAGAAGACUCACUCCUAUCUGGAUCUGGUGAAAACGCCCCAGCUGAGGAAGAUCACCCUCGUCUCUGGACUCUUCUGGUUUUCCGUGGCCUUCCUGUACUACGGGAUCAGCUUCAAGAUCUCAGGUUUCGGCGUCAGCAUCUAUCUCACGCAGUUCAUCUACGGAGCCAUCGAAGCUCCCGCCAAAAUCCUGACCUUCUUCGUGUUGGAUUGGAUUGGGCGACGGAACGGCCAGGCAUGGUUUCUGAUCACAACCGGAGCCCUGAUUGGAAUAAACACGGCCAUUCCUUUUGAGUUCUCCAACCUGCGCAUGUGCAUCGCUGUGUUGGCGAAGGGUUUCUCUGAGGCAGCGUUCACCACGGCGUUCCUCUACUCGGCCGAACUUUACCCGACCAUCCUCAGGCAGUGUGGUUUGGGCUACACUUCGUGUGUCUGCCGGAUCGGGAGUUCUCUGGCUCCGUUGAUCAUGCUGCUGGAGGACAGCUGGCUUCUUCUGCCGCCGCUGAUCUUUGCUGGGACGGGGAUCCUCAGCGGCAGCUUGGUCUUCCUGCUCCCAGAGACGCUCAAUGUACGUCUGCCUGAAAACAUCUUCGAUGUGGAGGAGGGAAGACACAGGCAGAGUGAUGCAAACGGAGAUCUGAAUCCAACAGAAAGGACAACAUGGCAGGAUGAGCUGCUGUAACAGUUGCUGAGGAUGGAUCGGUGCUUCUACAUUUAGGACAACAGAGCUGACGUUAAGCUUGUAUUAUUGAGACUGGUUUGAAAACCUUCGACUAGCUGCUGCUGAUAUUCAGCCGUCAGUCAGCUGUUUCAGACACCUGACGCUUCCUAUAAUAUCUGCUGAUGUCACAUUAAGACCAUACAAGUAAAAUGUUGUGUGUCUUUGUUUUCUUUUGUCUUUUUCUGACUUGAAAAAAAAACAACUUUUUACAUCAUAGAAAUUCACUCCGUCACUGCAGUUUCUGAUAAAUCUGUCAUUAAAGCCAGUCAAUAACAACUUUUAAAUCUCUUCUUAAAACAGACCUCUCCUGAUUUUUAUUAUAUCUUAUUUCUGUUUUUAGUCCCUUUUAAUGUUCUU